AUGUUUUUGACCAGAUCGGAAUAUGACAGAGGUGUGAACACAUUUUCUCCUGAGGGAAGAUUGUUCCAGGUUGAAUAUGCCAUAGAGGCAAUAAAAUUGGGCUCCACAGCCAUCGGUAUCCAGACUUCAGAAGGGGUAUGUCUGGCUGUGGAGAAGAGGAUCACCUCUCCCCUGAUGGAGCCCAACAGCAUUGAGAAGAUCGUGGAGAUUGAUAGUCACAUUGGCUGUGCCAUGAGCGGCUUGAUAGCUGAUGCCAAGACUCUUAUCGACAAAGCAAGAGUGGAAACACAGAACCACUGGUUCACUUACAAUGAGACGAUGACAGUGGAGAGUGUGACUCAGGCUGUGUCCAACCUGGCGCUGCAGUUUGGUGAGGAAGAUGCAGACCCUGGUGCCAUGAGUCGACCUUUUGGUGUAGCACUUCUGUUUGGGGGAGUUGAUGAAAAAGGACCUCAGCUGUAUCACAUGGACCCAUCAGGAACUUUUGUGCAGUGUGAUGCUCGGGCCAUCGGUUCUGCAUCUGAGGGAGCACAGAGCUCUCUGCAAGAGGUCUACCACAAGGUAAUAACAGCCAUGAUACCAUAGCAUUGUACCAACCAUAUGCCUGCAUUACACGCUGUGUAAUUCACUCAUGUUAUCCAGUUAAGUACGGUACUCCUGUGUUUUCUUCACACUCCCAUG